CAAAAGAUUGUUUAUAUAACUAGACCCACGUCAAUGGCAGUAGUCAACCAAACCAGCAGUGUCUCUGAGUUCAUCCUCUUGGGACUCUCCUCCCGGCCCGAAGACCAGAAGCCACUCUUUAUCCUCUUCCUCACCAUGUACCUGGUCACCAUAAUAGGGAACCUACUCAUCAUCCUGGCCAUCCACUCUGACUCCCAGCUCCAGACCCCCAUGUAUUUCUUCUUGAGUUUCCUGUCCUUCACUGACAUUUGCUUUACAACAACCGUUGUCCCCAGGAUGCUGGUGAACUUCCUGUCAGAGAAGACCAUCUCCUAUGCUGGGUGUCUGACACAGAUGUAUUUCAUUUAUGCUCUGGGCAACACUGACAGCUGCCUUCUGGCGGUCAUGGCCUUUGACCGCUAUGUGGCCAUCUGUGACCCCUUCCACUAUGUCACCACCAUGAACCACCACCGCUGUGUCCUGCUGGUGGCCUUUUCCUGCUCACUUCCUCACCUCCACUCACUCCUACACACACUGCUACUGAAUCGCCUCAUCUUCUGUGACUCCAGUGUUAUCCAUCACUUCCUCUGUGACCUCAGUCCCCUGAUGAAAUUGUCCUGCUCUUCCACAUUUGUCAAUGAAAUUGUGAUAAUGUCAGAAGGUUCUGUUCUUUUGGUGACCCCAUUUCUCUGCAUUACUUUCUCUUAUCUACGAAUCUUCAUCGCAGUUCUCAAGAUCCCCUCAGCUGCUGGGAAAUGCAAAGCCUUCUCCACCUGUGGCUCUCACCUCACUGUGGUAACACUGUUUUAUGGAAGCAUCUUCUAUGUCUAUUUACAGCCCCUGUCCACCUACACAGCCAGGGACCACAUAGCAACACUUGCCUACACAGUUCUGUCCUCCAUGCUAAACCCUUUUAUCUACAGUCUGAGAAACAAAGACCUGAAACAGGGUCUGAGGAAGCUGAUGGGCAGGAGGAAGUCCCAGGCAGAACCCUCUUGACAAACCCACAAGUGGAAUCUGCUCCACUU